AUGGCUUCCUCUCUCCUCCCCGUCGCCCUGCAGAAUAAACUGCUGGGCUAUAGUCGAUCCCCCAAUGCGCAACUCGCCGCCUUGAAUCUGGAACUGCUCCGGAACAUUGUCUUCUUUCUGUUUAUCUUCCGCUACGUCCGCAAAACGUUCUACUCGCUGCGUGGUUAUGGCCUCUUCGGCAGUCUCCGGAAUGUCUACGCCGCCGUCCGUCUCUUCUGCUAUUCCAUCUUCUUGCGCCUCCCCGGAGUCCGUGGCCAAGUCGACAAACAAGUGUCGUCCGCAAUUGAAAACCUAGAAAAUAAACUCGUCCAGAGUGGCCCCGGCGUCAACAGAUAUUUGACCCUUCCCAAGGAAGGAUGGACCGCCGAGCAGAUUCGCGCCGAGCUCGACAAGUUGGCCAACUUGGAGCAUACGCGCUGGGAAGAUGGCCGAGUCAGCGGUGCCGUGUAUCACGGAGGUCAGGAUCUCUUGAAGCUCCAGACCGAGGCGUUUGGUCAGUUUGGUGUCGCGAACCCGAUCCAUCCCGAUGUCUUCCCGGGCGUACGCAAGAUGGAAGCGGAGGUUGUGGCGAUGGUUCUGGCUUUGUUCAAUGGCCCCUCCGAUGGUGCCGGAGUGACAACUAGCGGUGGCACCGAGUCGAUUCUGAUGGCUUGCUUGGGCGCUCGCAACAAGGCGUAUGCUGAGCGUGGCGUCACCGAGCCGGAAAUGAUCAUCCCGGAUACGGCCCAUGCCGCUUUCUACAAGGCGUCCAACUACUUUGGAAUCAAGCUCCACCGCGUCCCUUGUCCGGCUCCCGAAUACAAGGUCGAUGUCCCCGCGGUCCGUCGCCUGAUUAACUCGAACACGGUUCUUCUCGUCGGCUCCGCGCCCAACUUCCCCCACGGUAUUGUGGACGAUAUCCCGGCGUUGUCCCGCCUUGCGACCAUGUACAAGAUCCCGCUCCACGUGGAUUGCUGCUUGGGAUCCUUCGUCAUUGCUUUCCUCAAGAAGGCCGGCUUCCCGUCGCCCUACGAAGAGGAGGGUGGCUUUGACUUCCGCCUUCCGGGUGUGACCAGCAUCAGUGUGGAUACCCACAAGUAUGGCUUCGCCCCCAAAGGCAACUCGGUCGUUCUGUACCGCAGCCGUGCCUAUCGCAGCUAUCAGUACUUCAUCUACCCCGAUUGGUCUGGCGGUGUCUACGCGUCUCCGUCGGUCGCCGGUUCGCGCCCUGGUGCGCUGAUCGCCGGCUGCUGGGCUAGCUUGAUGAAUGUCGGCGAAGCUGGUUACAUCAACAGCUGUCUGGAGAUUGUGGGUGCCGCGAAGAAGUUUGAACUUUCGAUCCGCGAGCAUCCGGUGCUUUCCAAGAACCUCGGGGUGGUCGGCAAGCCCAUGGUCAGCGUGGUUGCAUUUGAGAGCACGAACCCCGGCGUGGAUACCUACGACCUGGCGGACGGACUGUCUGCCAAGGGCUGGCAUCUGAACGCUCUGCAAUCGCCCCCCGCCAUCCACGUGGCGUUCACUCUGCCGACGGCCGCGGCGGUUGACAAGCUCACGGCAGACUUGGUCGAGGUGCUUGAGAAGGAGUUGGCCAAGGCCGAGGAGAGAAAGCGCCAGGGCAAGUCCUAUGUUAUCAAGCGCGGAGACACGGCCGCUUUGUACGGUGUGGCCGGCAGCAUGCCGGACAAGAGCGUCGUCAGUCGGCUGGCAGAGGGCUUCCUCGACACCCUGUACAAAGCAUAG